CUUAUUUUAAUUGUGAGGAUUUAUAUUGGUUUAUUUAAUAAGGCUGUCUGGGUCGGCACAUGUUUUUAUAUACCGACGCCAACGCAUACAGUUUUCAUAUACGAAUCUACAGCAUAUCUUCAACACGGACAUAAGGCUUGUACUGUACCUUCAACUCCCCGCAAACCCAAUCCAUUACACUAAGAAACAAAAACCCCCUAACAUAGCGCGUCCCGUGGACACAAAAACAAACACUACCACGCGCAUCCAUUGCGCCCAGUCGAUUUAUCAUGUUGGAGCUGGGUAUGGUGCACUGAACGCCGUUGUUCGACAAACAUUUAUCAAGCACAACCUCUUUUUUUGUGAGGGAGUUGGGAGAAAUUAAGGAUAUACAAUUUCGGCAGCGUGGGAUUUCUCAGUUUGGAAGGGGAUAAGACUCGAAUCUAUCCCUAAGAUCAAAGGACUCGAAGAUAUCAACAUUCCUAUACUCGAAAGAGCCAUCUCCUCACUCAUAUCGACAACACACACACACGCCACAACCACAAAAUGUCCAACCCCAUAGCCCCUGGCGUCUUCCCCCAGACAACCACCACCCCCGCCAAACCAACCCUCCCCCUCGCCCCAACGACCUCAACCCCCUCCUCCACCAACCCCUCAACCUACCUCUUCCUCCUCCUCCUCGUCGCCGUCCUCCUCCUCGUCACAGCCUUCUACCUCGUCUCCCGGCGUCACCGGGCCCGCGCCAUCGCCGCCCGUCACGCCGGCGUCCGCGCCCUAGCUCUCGACGUCGAAGCCCUCGCUGGCGCCCAGCACCCAAGGACACUGUCCCCUUCGACCCCGUCGCCGCCGAGGGGGUGGAGAUUCGCGCGUCUACUGAGGUUGCCGACGAGGAGGAGGGUCGUGGAUGAGGAUGCGGAUUGGGAGUUGGAUGUUGAUGAGGUUGGGCGGGCGCCGCCGCCUUAUGCGGGGGAGUGGAAGGAGGGAGGGGGGAAUGCGGGGGAUGAUGCUGGGUUGCCUGAUUAUGAGGAGGUUUGUGGGGGGAGGAUGGAUGAGGUUGGGCCGAGGAGGAGUGGGGAGGUGGGAUUGGCGGUUCCGGAGAGGAUCGUUAGGAGGGGGAGUGAGGGGGAUUGGAGGGGAGGGGGGAGAGAGAGGGAUUUGGAGGAGGGGAGGAGGAGGGAGAGUGCUUAG